AUGGUGGUGUUUCACAAGGAGAUGGAUAUUGAGGACUUCUGGUAUCACAAGGACUUGGAGACAUAUUUCUACCCCUGCCCAUGUGGGGAUAAUUUCUUUGUCGCCAAGGAAGAUUUGGAGAAUGGAAAAGACAUGGCAAUGUGUCCUAACUGCUUUCUCAUUAUAAAAGUAAUUUAUGACAAAGAUCAGUUGAUGUGUGGAGAAAUAGUCCCAGUACCUUCCACCAACAAAUAA